AUGCGCCCCAAGCUCCCCGCCGCCCUCCUCCCACUCCUCCUCAGCUCUACAACCCUCGCAGCAGACCUGAAAGAGACGAAACCAUGUACCGUCUACAACCCCUCCAAUGGGAAUACCUACGAUCUCAACACUAUCACAGUCCAACCUUUGAUAGAUCACAAGAAAGCGCACAAAGAUGACCGGAUAGAAAGCUGGCAUGCCCGAGGUUACGACUAUGAUACCAACUUCACCAUGAAUUUCUGCGCGCCGGUCAUUGAGGCUAUGGAGGAUGUUGUAGGGGUAGAAGAGCCACUUUGGAAGAACGUUAGUGCGUUCUACACAGUUGGGAAGAAGACAUAUUCGAUGGGGCAAGCAUCGACAGAGCCGUUUUUCCGUGGCCGCAAACUCGUCCUGAAUUACACUGACGGCUCACCCUGCGAGUCAAACUCUGACCGCCUUCUCCCACGCAAGCUGAACGUCCCAGACGACGACGACGAUGAUGAUGAAGAUGAUUGGGACGAUGACCGCAAAGGUCACAAGGGCUCCAAAACCAAAGAACCAGUCCGACGGAAGUCAACGCUGAUCUCGUUCACCUGCGAUCGAGAUUCGCUUGCGCCAAAAGUGCAUCUCUCGUUCAUAGGCUCCGACCCAGACGAGUGCACAUUCUUCUUUGAAGCGCGCUCAAUGGCUGCUUGUGGAGGUGUCAGUGAAGCGCAACAAACGCUGGGCCCGGGUGGUGUAUUCGGGGUUAUUGCAUUAAUUGCGGCGGCCGUUUAUCUCCUAGGUGGUAUCGCUUACCAGCGCACGGUCAUGCAUCAGAGGGGUUGGCGGCAGUUGCCCAAUUACACUCUAUGGGCUGGAAUGUUUGGUUUCAUUUCCGACAUUUUCGUCAUCCUAACCUCCUCCUGCGCACGCUUCAUCCCCCGCCGCCGAGGCUACAACCAGCUGCCCACAAGCAGUCGUGGUCGAGACGCCGAAGCGAAUGGCUUGAUGGAUCAAACCUCAAGGACCAUGUGCAUCGUUUACUACGCCCAGCAACCCGUCUGUGACUGCGUCUACGUCUCCGGCACCGUCGUGCUCUGCUCCCUCUUCACCGGUCUUGCCGACAACAGGAAUAGGACCGCUUUCAGCCCCAAGCUCCUCACGGGGCACUGCCGAGACUUGGAUCUGUUCUUCAACGGUGUCGACUACAUGAGCGUCGAUAUGAAGCAUUAUGACAUAGUGCCGAAUGGGCUCGAUUGCCCCGAACUCGAAACUUGCGAGGCGACGGGGCAGACUGGGCGAUGCCCGCUCUGCGAUAGCCGAGGGGUGUUGAAGUUUCUCAAGGCGAAGGGGAUUGAGUACACAUCUGUCCGUGUCAAAGCCGCGCGCGAUCUGCGGGACAGAGCAGCAGAGGGGGUGGCCGAGGGUGCGGGGAAGAAGGCAGCGGGCAAGUCUGUGGAAAGGUCUGUAGGCGAAUCGGCGGACAGACCGGUAGGUAGGUCGAGGGAAAAGGGAGGAGUCGUGGACAAGGCAAAUCGCGCACGGAAGAUGGUGGAAAGGGGAAGAAAAGCGCGAGAGGGCAAGAGAGCAAGAACUGGUUUGGCUGAGUCAACGUUAGCAUCAAUGGGGUGGGAUUGA